AUGGGUUUCUUUCAUGCGGUCGUGGCCUCCCGGUCGGUUGAGCCGCACGAAGCUGAACACUGGCCCAACCCAGUUGGCCCAGUGGAAAAGGCUAGUAGGGCGUCCGCCCUACCCUGCCCAAAGGGGUCCUCCGCCACUGCCGGCAAGACCAUCACCCUCGAGGUCGAGUCCUCUGACACCAUUGACAAUGUUAAGGCGAAGAUCCAGGAUAAGGAAGGCAUCCCGCCGGACCAGCAGCAGCGACUGAUCUUCGCCGGCAAGCAGCUGGAGGACGGCCGCACCCUUGCAGAUUACAACAUUCAGAAGGAGUCCACCCUCCACCUGGUGCUUCGCCUCCGUGGUGGCCAGUGAUCUUCCUGCUAGCUGUCCGUUGAAGUCGUCGUCUAGUUAUGUGCAUGUCGUGUCGUGUGUUUGUCAGUCCCACACAGUUUGUGGAAACAUCUGCUGCUUCCGUAAUCCGUAUAGCAGCGUGGUCUCUGUUGCAUUUUAAGUGAAACUGAAUCUUAUUCUGUGACUAGUAAAAAUGCACGUGCGUUGCCACGGGUUCUCAAAUUUCUUAAUGCACAUAUAUAAUUCACAACUCACUAUGAAAAUUUGAAAUAAAUUAAGAAUAUCAUAAUAUACUACAUCAUGAUAACACCGAACGCAAUAAAA